GAGAGAGAAAAAAGAAAAAGAGGGAGAGCAGACUGUAGAGAGGAAGGGUUGGAUUUUCUCUCUCUCCAUUCUCACACUCUAAGCAACUGACCUUCUACAUUCUCACAAAAUCCGCAAGAAACGAAGAAAAAAAAAAAAAGAGAAAACGAAGUGACAUCUUAACCUUUCCCACCACCUUUUCUCCUUCCAUUUUUCCCACUAAAUUUUCCUCCUUCCCAAACACCCAAAAAAAAAAAUGAAAGUAAAGGGCGGAGGCAGAAGGAAGAGCUGGGAAGCACUGUUGCCGGUGAGUACGGAGGAAGAAGAAGAAAAUUUCGGCGGAGAUUCCAACACCAACACCAACAUAAACACGACAAACCCACCCCAAAAUGGCCCUCCUCCUUAUCUUCUCGCUUUUGAAGACGCCGCUCAGCCAGUAAACGCCGCGGCCGUUGGUGUCAUUCAACCGGAACCGGAGGCAGACGCAGAAGAAGACGACGCCGAUGCUGACGUCGACGAUGAGGCUGAUGACGACGCAGACGCAGACGGCAACGCCGAGCGCCCGAAGCUCGACGAGGGCUUCUACGAAAUCGAAGCCAUUCGCCGUAAAAGAGUUCGCAAGGGUCAGCUUCAGUACCUCAUAAAAUGGCGUGGUUGGCCUGAGACAGCCAAUACUUGGGAGCCUUUGGAGAAUCUGCAGGCUUGUUCUGAUUUUAUAGAGGCAUUUGAAGAGAGCUUGCGUUCGGGAAAGCAGCGAAAGCGAAAGCGAAAGAGUGGGAUGCCCCAUACGCAUGUUAAGAAGAGGCAGCAGCGUUCUACUGUGGCUAACAAUGCAGGCUUGGAAAACAAUGAUGUGCACAAACCGCUUUUGUCCCCUUGUACUGACAAUUUGGGCCUUGCUGAUCAUUCUGCAGUCCUGCAAUCAGUGUGUUUCUCUGGUCAAGAGGAGUGUAAUGGGCUUGUCAACAACAAUGAAAUGAGCAAGAAAGCCAAUGGUGAAAAUGGGCUUGUGAAUGUUCUCCAAAGAAGUAGCGGAAGGAAAAACCAAAACGAGUACGAUCCAAAGCUUAGCGAGCUUAAAACAACAUCUACUAGUAAUGCAGAUAGACUUGCCAUUCAUUUUCAAGAAGGAAAGGCUACAGAAGGUAAUGGUACUAUAGAAGGAAUCUCCAAGGUUAAUUGCGCAGAACCAGUUCAGAACACUCGUACUGGAGCUAAGAGAAGGAAGUCUGGUUCUGUGAAGAGGAUUAGGCAAGAGAUGCAAUUGUGUGAAACUCCUGUUAUGCAAAAUCUAACAAUUGGAACCAACAUUGUCUCCGGUGGUAGAGUUGAAAUACUGGACGCUGGAAAUUUGAAUGUUGCAGGGGAGAAUCCAAGUUACAAGAAUAGGACGAAUGAAUCCGAAAAUGCAUCGCGUAUCACCAAGAUUCUCAAGCCAAUUGGCUAUUCCGCUACUGUGAUAAACAAUAUCCAGGAUGUUUCAGUGACCUUUAUGGCCAUGAGGGCUGAUGGUAGGGAGGUGAUGGUGGAUAACAAGUUUCUCAAGGCCAACAACCCUCUUCUGUUGAUCAGCUAUUACGAGCAACAUCUCCGAUACAGUCCUACGUCGUGAUUCAAUGGAAGAUUAAAUACCGAGCGUCAGCUUAUCUAGAUCGUGAACUUUGCUCGCCGUAAGCAUUUGGUGUCGUAGUCUUGUAGACUUGUAGAUGCAGGAGUAUCAAUCUGACUGUACCAUGAAACUAGGUUAUAUACCAGCAGUAUCAAUCUGACUGUACUCUUUUGGUUUCUCCUCGGUAUGACUGGAGAUUAUUAUCAGGCCUUUUGGUUCUUAACAUGAAAUAUUUUGGAAGGCCAUAUUUUAUUGCUUCACUAGUUCACACUAGUUAAUAUGGCAUUAAUAUUUUUUUUACACUCUGUAUCUGCCUUCUUUUUGGUACUCAUGUUACUUCUUGUAAAGAUGUGAAAUUACUAUAGAGUAUUUUGGGGAAAUGCAGUUCUUCACCCUCUUCCUUAAUGAAAGCUGCUUAAU